AUGCCGGUCGCGCGCGCUGCCAUGAGGCCAAGAGCCCAAUUGCGAUGGAUGCUCAUGGCCAACAUCCGGAGCAGAACUUUUUCCGCGCGAGUCUCCCGGGGCCGAAGCUACAGCGACGCAAUCGACCUGCUCAACACGCUUCAAACGCCGUUCAAGGUCUUCCAAGCCCGGGUCGCGGCCGGCGUCCGGCCCGAUGCCAGCUUCAUGACCGAGAUGCGCUCCUGCCUGGCACGCAUCGGCCACAGCCCACGUGACCUAGACCGCCUAAACAUUGUGCACGUCGCUGGGACCAAGGGCAAGGGGACCGUCUGCGCGUACGUCGACUCCAUCCUCAACCGGUGGCGGGCAUCGCACGGCGUGCCGGCCAAGCUGGGGCUGCUCACCAGUCCGCACUUGAUUUCCGUCCGGGAGCGCAUCCGCAUCAAUUCAGAGCCGGUCAGCGAGGACUUGUUUGCCAAGUACUUCUUCGAGGUUUGGGAUCGCUUGGAGCAGAACCCACCCCAGGGCUCUGUGGUGGGCGUGCCAGAUGACGGGUCUGAUCGAAAGGACGACUGGCUGGAUCACUGGUCCGGAGGCAGCUACGCUGGCAAGCCCAUCUACGCCCGCUACCUUACCUUGAUGAGUUGGCACCUCUUCUUGUCCGAGGGUGUCGGCCUUGCUGUCUACGAGACCGGCAUUGGCGGCGAGUACGAUGCCACCAACGUCGUCGAGAGGCCGCUGGCGACAGCCAUCACGACCCUCGGUAUAGAUCACGUGCAUGCGCUCGGCGGGACGAUUGGGGAGAUCGCAUGGCACAAGGCUGGAAUCAUAAAGCCCGGUAGUGCGAACUACACGGUGAGGCAUGAGGCGUUUCCGGAAGCUGAAGAUGUGUUGAAGGCGAGGGCAGCGGAAAAGGGCGCCGGCUUGGAGUUCCUGGAGAUUGACCCGAGGCUCGACGUGGUCAAAGUACAUCCGAAUAAGGGGUUCCAGAGGCAGAAUGCCACGCUGGGAGUUGCACUUGCCGAAGCCGCGUUAUCCAAGCUUGAUCCAAGAUUCACAGUCAAGGAGAGUCUUCCGCAAGAGUUUGUGGAAGGACUGGAGAAGGUUGUAUGGCGUGGACGAUGCGAGGUCAAGGAGGAAAGCGAUGUCAGGUGGCACAUUGACGGCGCGCAUACGCUGGAUAGUCUCAAGGUCGCGGGUGGAUGGUUUGCCGAUGAGGUCAAAAACAAAUCCGGUCCUCGAGCGCUUGUAUUCAACCAGCAAGGCCGCUCCGAGGCAACAGAAUUUUUAGAAGACUUUUGUGCCGCUACCAAAUCGCCAGACGGCAGAGGAUUUGAUCUGGUGCUCUUUUGCACAAAUCGAACGUAUGCCGUUGAAGGCUUCAAGCAGGAGUUUGUCAACCAUACCGUCGACGCCGCCGAGGUAGGCAGCCUGAAGGUUCAACAUGCAUUCGCCAAAAAAUGGCUUGAGCUCGACCCCAAUGUCGGCGAAAUCAAGAUUGUUGGUAGCGUAGAAGAGGCUAUCCAAGCUGUGCGGAAGCUCGCUGCUGGAAAACCUACAUCUACUGCGGACAAGAACCAUCAAAUCCAUAGUCAAGUUCAGGCGCUGAUAACUGGAAGCAUACAUCUGAUAGGGGGCGCUCUAGAGAUCUUAGAAGGAGGCCCCAAGAAUCUUUGA